CUCAGUUUCUCAACCACUGGACUAGAUCUCGAUCAAGCCCCAGUGGAUGCAUUCUAAGUCGAUUGAAUGAGAACGUCCUAAUGAUGUUGUGACGAUGGGAAUCAUCAGUUCUACAAACACGUCACCUUGUGUUGAUAGGGGAUUUUUGCGACUAACUACGAGAGUGACAUCAAGCUGACAUACACUGAAGUGUAAGGAUCUUAUCUGAGGGAAGGCAUACAAGAAAAAAGAAGAACAAUGGCGAACACAACUGUGUGUACAGACACAUCUGAAGCUGUUGAUCUCUUCGAGCCUCAAAAUCUGUUCUUGAAACCAAUUGCCAAGGUCAACAUCUGUGUGCAGCUGCCUCAGCUGAAGGCUGCAGGGAAGACAAUCUCAAACUGGGAGGUUAUGGAAAAGCUCAAACACAUGGUUCGCCCUGAGGUAUUCCUUACCUUGAAGAUUUUUAAAAGCACCAUGGAAUUCAUCCGUUUGGAAGGGGAAAUUGAAAAUAAAAGCAAAAUUCACAACAUCAUCUUGAAACUUGAUGGCAAGACCAUUAAGCUCAGUGGAUUCACUGACAUUCUCAAGGUGAGAGCAGCAGAGGCUAAAGUAAACUUCCCAAGCCGCCACGAUUGGGACUCUUACUUUCGAGACGCAAAAAACAUGAACGAAAUGCGCCCAGGUGAGCGCCCAGAUACAAUCCACCUCAAAGAUCUUCCAACCCGCUGGUUUUCCUACAGACGUUCUGACAGGGAUGGAGAGAAAGAGUUACAACCAUGUGAAAGUGUGGUGAAACGGGUUUUUCAAAGUUUUGGAGAUAUCCGCUGUGUGGAUAUACCUAUGCUGGAUCCUUACCGGAAGGAAGUCUGUGCCAAUUUGAAGAAGAGCUCCAUCCAAACAUUUUCUUUUGGCCAAGAUCUAACCUUCGAAUGUUUCAUCCAGUACAUGGAUUAUAUCAGCUUUGUCAAAGCAAUGGAUUCCCUCCGUGGCAUGAAACUCCUGUAUAAGGGGGAAGACAAAGCUCUGACUGCUAUUGUCAAAGUUGAUUUUGACAAAACGAAGCAUUUGUCUGAGAAAAAUAUCCGCAGACGGCGGAUUGAGAGAGAGAAACUGGAAAAGCUAGAAAUGGAGCGAUUAGAGAGAGCAAGGCGAGAGAAGGAAGAUGAAGAGAGAAAAAAAGAGGAAGAAAGGAGGAAGAAAGAAGAAGAGGAAAGGGAGAGAGAGAGAAGGCGCCAAGAAAAACUCCAGAGAAAAGAAGACCGUAGAAAAGAAAGAGAAGAAAAGCGGCGGCAAAAGAAGUUGGAAAAGAAGCAAAAGGAGGAGGAGGAACGCAUGCAAUACAAAAUAGCUUUGGAGGAAAGAAGGCUUCUUAUUGCACAGAGAAAGUUGGAAUCCUUACGGAUCCUCUCGGAGCUGUUUGAAAGAAUAAAGGCAAUCCGAGUGAAAAAGUAUCUGGAGCAGAAGGAGAAAGAACUUGAAGAGGAGAGAAAACAGCAGGUGGAAGAAGAAAAGAAGCGAGUCCUGGAGGAAGAAAUGAAGAAAGCGGAAGAGAAAAAGCAGAAAAAGAUGAAACUCCAAGAACAGGAGCAAGAAUUAAGGAACAAAAUCUUGAAGAACUUCAAAGCCAAAGAAGAACAGAAACAAGAAAUGCAGAGGGAAGAGCUUCGGAAAAAAAUUGCUGGUACCAGAAAGCUUAAAAGUGCCGUAAUCAUGAAAAAAGCAGUUGCAAAAGCAGUCAAAAAGAGGAAGAAUGAGCCAGGCAGCACAGAUGAAGAGAGUGACGAUGAUGAAGAAGAGGAAGAGGAUGAUGACAGCAAAGAUAUGGGUAUCAAAGCCAAAGACACAUUGAAGUCCAGCAAAAGAAAGAGUGGUAAUACAGGGUCUCCUGUCUCUAAGAGAAUUUUCAUUAGACGUGAGCCACUGAAAGCGGGGUCACAAGGUACCUCGUCAGCUUUAGGGCGGCAGAGCUCUGGGUCGGCCGUGUCUUCUGCGGAGGAUUUCUCAGAUGAUGAAGAUGAAGCAGAUGAGAGAGAGGAGAAAGGUCAACGGCCUCCCGGGUCAAGUGUCAUGGAGAGAGUUCUGAAAGCCAAUCGCAUGCGUGCUUGGAGAGAACCUGGCGAUCCUUCGGCGGACAGCCCGCCCCGUGAAGGGCUCGCCGUACGAGGACAUAGAGGUCGUGGCCGGGGCCGUGGUGUAGGACCGGUCAGAGGUAAAAAAGUCAGAGGUGGUGCGGCGGCUGUGGGUGAGGUGCGCAGCAAAGUCAGCACCCGGAGUCCCGAGCAGGGUUUGGCUCGCAGCAGCUCCGGGAACCGAAGCAGGAGCUUUAGCAGAGAUAUGUCACGGAGUGGGAGUAGGGAGGGCAACCGCAGCAGGAGUCGAGAACGCAGCGGAGAUCAAGGUCGUCAUAGCCGAGAAAACCACCGCAGCAGGAGUGGGGAUGGCAGCAGUGGGGAUCAUCGCAGCCGGAGCAGAAGUUGCAGUCGGGACAGAGAGGAUCGCGAGAGGGAGAUGAUGCGACACCGAGGGCCUAUGCCGCCCAUGGUCCCCGGUCCAGGGGGAGUCAUGAUCCCUCUCCCGCCCCACCCCAUGAUGUUCCCACCGCACUUCCCUAUGGGGUUCCGACCCCCCUUCCCAGGGCGGGGUGGCCGGGGACCAAGGGGCAUGCGGAUGAGAGGGGGCCCAGGAGCCAUGAUGGGAGGCCGCCUGCCUCCACCCCCUCCCCCUCCGCCGGGCUUCCGUGGAGGCCUGCACGUCUUCAACAAAAGCUACCUGCGCAAGUACAACAACUUCCUAGGGAUGAACAAUCAGAUUCGUGACAUGUCCGGCAGGUUUGCCCAGCCACUGCAGGUAGAGCUUCCACCUCAGCGGUACAAAGACGGUGACCGCCAAGACAGACGGAACAGAAGGCGGUAUCCAGAGAAAGGCAGGAGGCGAAGGAGGAGGCGUGACAGUCGAGACAGUAGUGAUGACAAGAGUAGGAGCAGGAGUAGGGAUCGUAGCAGGAGCAGAUCUCGAAGCAGGACCAGGGACCGUAGCAGAAGUAGGAGCAGGGACAGUCGAAGCCGCAGUAGAGGUCGCGAUAGAUCCAGGGACAGGAGCAGACACAGAUCGAGAGACAGAAGCAGAGACAGAUCUAGAGAUAGGAGCAGAGAUGGAUCGAGAGAUAGAUCUAGAGACCGUAGCAGAGGUGGAUCGAGAGACAGAAGUAGAGAUAGGUCAAGGGAUAAGAGUAGAGACAGAUCAAAGAGCAGGAGUCGGACAAGGGACAAGAGCAGGAGUAAAGAGAGAUCCAAAGACAGGAGCAAAAGUGGGAGUCAAUCUGGUAAUAGAAGUCCAGAAAGGUCAGAGGAGAGGAGAAGAAGGGAGGAUAGAUCAAGGGACAGGGAUAAAAGUGAGGAUAAAUUGGAGAGUGAAAGCAAAAGUAAAGAUGCCUCUAAAAAUAGAAGCCGAAGUCGUGAUAAUCCAGAAAACAGGAGUGCCAGUGACUCUAAAGGUAAGAGCAGAAGUCGAGAUGGUUCUGAGGAGAGUAAGAGAGGUUGGAGCCGAAGUGACCACAGGUCAAGAGAUGGGAGGAGAAGUAAGGACAGGUCGGAGGAGAGAAGGAGAGAAAGAAGCAGGAGUAAAGAGAAGAGAUCACAAGAGAGAAGGAGAGAAAGAAGCAGAAGUAAAGAAGAGAGAUCACAAGAGAGAAGGAGUGAAAGCAGCAGGAGUAAAGAGGAAAGAAGGAGAGAAAGAAGCAAGAGUAAAGAGGAAAGAAGCAGGAGUAAAGAGGAGAGGUCACAAGAGAGAAGAAGAGAAAGAAGCAGGAGUAAAGAGGAGGCCAGGAGAGAAAGGAGCAGGAGUAAGGAGCAGAGAUUACCGGUACAGGAGAAGAAGAGGGGGAAAAGUUCAGGUGAAGAGGACCGUUCCCAAGUUGGUGGCAGAGGUAAGCAAGGGGCCGAUGGAGGUGAGAGGAGCACCAGUCAGGGAUCAGGUCCUAGUGAGAAGACAAGAAGAGACGGAAGUACAAGUCGAGGCAGAGGUCAGGGUCGAGAUGACAGCUCCUCCCGCAGACAGCAGGAGAAUGAGGGAGGGGAGAACGACGGGAGGAAGAACAAGAGUCAAGAUGUUGUUGAAGGAACUCCCAUAGGAGAUAGAAAAAAAAAGAGCAAUGCCAAAGGUGAAGGAAGACAAGAUAGGAGGGAAGACGAUGAAAGUGGCCCGCCAAAAGCAGACCAAAAUUGUGGAGACGAAGACAGCAACCGAGGAGGAGGCAACAGUUCUUCAGACCGAAAGAAAAGGAAAAAUGGGAAUGGAGAAGGGAAUGGGUCUAAAGAUGUUGGAGGUGGUGGGAGAAGCAAAAGGGAGGAAGAGGAAAAACAAAGAGGUGCAAGUGGCAAGGGAUCGGGUGAGAAAAAACAGAGUGAAAAGGCUGCUAAGGCUAAAAGCGGUUCAGCUCACAAAAGUAAAAGUGAUGGGGAUGGGGCUGAGAGAGGAUUGGGCGGUGAGACAGUCGGUAGCUGGGAUGACAUGAGAAAUGAUGCCAACAGUGAAGAUAGAAAAGAGAGUGGUGAUGAUUGAGGUACAUGUGAACAUUUAGUCAAAAUGACAGUCCUACUCCUACAGUUAUGGUUGUGAAAGUGUCUAAGCCAGCCACUUGAACAACUGCUCUGUCAUAGAACUGUUUUAAACCAAAAACAGUGUCGUUGUCACAGUGACAAGAAAAAAAACCCCACCUCCCCUCCCACUUUUAGAGGGAAAAACCCUUCAGCCACACUCCCAUAUGCGUCAUCAGUUCAUAGGACUGUUGCAUGCAGUUUUAUUUGUGAGCUGAUAUGGCAGUGGUGGCAUUCAAAGCACUGGCAAUACAGACCUUCAACACCGUCAGCAUGUGCAGCCAUCCUUCUCCCAUUCGGUAAACGCUCAUUCCUGGUGUAGAUGUCAGCCCAGUACAGUUUACUCCUAUUCCAUGAGCUUACCAGCGUGAGCUAUUGAUUGACUUUUGACUCCCAUCCUACCUGCUCAGUAAACAGAAAAACUUGUACCUGAAUUGUGAUCGAUUCUUUUGUUGAACUGGAUGAUGAAGAUGAUUGAUUCUCCUGUUGCACUGGACGUUGAUGAUGAUUGGUUAUCUUGUACUGGAUGAUAACUGGUUCUCUUGUUGCACUUAAUGAAGAUGACGGACUCUCCUGUUGUACUGGAUGGUUGGUUCUCCUGUUGUGCAAGAUCAUAAUGGUUCUCUUGUUGUACUGAAUGGUUAUUAUUAGAGUGCAGUAAAAAAUUUGUGGCAAAUGAAUCAAUGUCACCCUUACUUUGCACAGCAGUUAUAUGAAUUUGUCUUAACUUAUUAACUUAAUCAUAUUUUUCCAUUAUAAUUGAGGCUAGAUUUUAAAACUUUUCCUCCUAAAUUUAUAUAAAAUACCACAAAUCUCCUUCACACGGAAAAUGGAAGUUUUCUCAGCACUUCCUGCUUCUCACACAUAUUUUGCAUAUGCAGGCCUAUGGCACAGCUCACCGAUGACACUUUUUCAUGGCAAAACUAGUUAAGAAAAUAGUUUUAUAGGGAACACUUUUUGCACUAAAAGUUCUCAAAACAUGUGUUCAAUAAGCACUAGUGUCAUGAUUAGAAAAA